GUCAGAAUGACCAUUUCGUUCAAUAGCGAACGAGCUGCGAUUCAAGCACUGCUCGCGCCAGUCACUUCUCCGGCGGCCUCGCCAGCAAGCCUCGUCAAUGCGAUCGUCGCGCACUGCAACGCUGCCCGCCGAUCAUCGACAGCGCUGCCAUUGCUCCCUUCGUACGAGUCGCUGCGUGCUCAGCCAGCGUCAAAGACAAGCCAGGCUCAGCCCACGCCAGCCACGCCAGCCACGCCAGCAGGGUCGACCCAAGCACAGGUGGAUCCGUUUCAGGCAGUGAGGCAGCUCGCAAUGGACCAGGCGUUCCGAGACGCACUCGCCGCCAUCCUCACCAAGCACGCAAGGACGACUGCAGAUGCGUUGGCGAGCGGCGGACUGGCUGUCUCAGAGACGGCGACCGAUGCGACGGUGGCGACGAUCGGACUGCUGCUGGACACGGCACUCGAGUGCUCGAGGAGAUCCGUCCUGACCAGCAGCAUCCCGCUGGCACUGCUGACGGACGCGCUCGACUCGCUCACGCUGGAUGUGUGCGACAAGCUGUUCGACCUGGUCGAGCACAGGCAGACCGACCCGUCGUGGACGAGCACCGUGUUUAGCACGUCUGCAGCCCCGCCAUCCGCGACUCCGGGCGUCCCGGCGCCCACUGUCAUUCGCGGCACGUUUGCAACCAAUCUCCAAAUCCUGCAGUUGUGCAACGAGCUCUUGAGGCGUCUCAGCAAGACGCAGGACACGGUCUUUUGCGGUCGCAUCCUCACCUUCCUUUGCAGCGUCUUCCCACUCUCUGAAAAAUCGGGGUUGAACAUUGCAGGUGCCUUCAACGGCAGCAGCGCUUUGGAUUUCCUUGACGAAGAAUCAGCCGACGAAGUUUCGUCGACAACAGAGGAAAUCCAUCGCUCGUUCUGGUCCCUGCAACCCUUCUUUUCCAAUCCCAACUCGUGCUUUACCGCGGAUGCCUGGCUGAGUGUCACCAAAGCGGUCACCACUGUGUUGAGCACUUUUGCCUCACAGCCGUUAACAUCUUCUUCCUCGGAUGGUGAACGAUCUGCAGCCUCUUCUUCCUCUUCUUCCUCAUCGUCGCGCUCCAGCAAAUCAUCUCACCAUCACCACCACCACAGCUCACACUCGAGCAUUCCUGCAAUCCAGUCUGCCGUGGCUCCCAGUGCGCCCGCUCACCAGAGCGAUGACUUUUUCUUUCCCAAGUUUCUCACAAGCAAGCGGCUCUUCCAACUGCAGCUCAACGACUCCACCUUCAGGAGGCACAUGCUGGUGCAAAUCCUCAUCAUUUUCCAAUACCUCGCGGUUCCAAGCAAGGCUCGCAAGACGCUUGUUCUGAAGGACGACCAGCUCAAGCUGCUUUUCGAAUUGCGCGACAAGACCAUGGCCGCGCUUCGCGCUGUUCCCCCACACGGUGCCGUGUUUGCAGCAGCCGUCGGCCAGGUUCUCGAGUCCGAGCUCGACUGGAACACAUGGAAGAACGAGUCCUGCCCACCCUUCGAGCGAGCGCCAGAUAGCACUGUCAUUGUUGGCCAUCUCCCCAUCGCCAGUGCUGCAGAUGCCGUGUCGCAGCCCAACGCUGGAUCGCUGGCACAAUCUCGCAAGCGCGCCCAUGACCAGGUGGAUGAGAACUCUGAGGAUCCCACGGCUGCCCGCCACAUUGCCAAAAAGCUCACGUCUGAUGGCCGUGUUCCGAGCAGCAGCUCGUCCGGCUCUGGACCCGUGCGCAUGGGCCAGAAAGACCUGACCGCCUUGUGGAAUGCCAACGACGAGUCGCUUGCUUCGCUCCAGGGUGUCGACCGCCGCUUCAUUCCGGAUCCCGAUGCCUUCUUUGAGGAAGCCAUUGAGCAGAUGGACCCGGAUGCUCAAAUUGAUAAGGUCUACUGGAAGAUUGGCGAUGAGCUCUUUGCGUGGCGAUCGCUGCGUUUGCUUGCCCGCACUCGCCUGCAUCUGUUCCAACUGGCCGCGGCCCUGCCGAAAGCCGAUGCUGACAAGAGCAAAACCGACAGCAAGCCAGACACUUCCAAGGUUGUUGCCGAAUUCCUUGUUCAAAAGCUGCGUGACGAAAAGUACCCGCCGCCGCCGCCGCCUCCUCCGCCCGCGGUGUCGGCAUCAGCACCAGCAGCAACAACCACCUCAGAGAACGCGGGCUCUUCCGCCACUACGCACGCAGCUGGGUCGGAAGGAUCGGCGCCGAUGGAAACGGAUACCGACAACACCGCUGCACCCGCUCCCACGAACGAAUCAACGGCCACAACGACAGAUGAUACCGAAGAUGAAUUUGAAAAGUACAUGCGGACGCAGCGAGAGCAAACGGAAUCGAAGACGGAACCGAAAGCACCAGCUCCCGCUGAUGGCGAGGAGGCCGCUCCUAUGCAAAGCUGAUCGCAACAGCCGGUGCUUGUAGCUGUUGUGUCUCAUGACUGUUUUGUUUGACAACGAGUCCAAGAGGGACAUGACCGCUUGUCUUUGAACGAAUCUCCAUAUCUCAUUCGGGUUUUUAGAAAAUCUUGCAACGUUUUCC